UGCACUUUUCAGAGCUACUCCCCCUCCUGAAGCAGCACAGACGUGCAGUCUUUCUCCGCAGAGUGGGGACUCAAAAGCGGGCUCAACACAGGACAGAAAGGGCUAAAAAAUAAUAAAAAUAAAGUACAGACCGCAAUGGGGACGAGCUGAACCGCAGAGAGAGAGAGAAAAAAAAGCGGACGGUGACUUAAAUCUGUGUUAUGAACGAUAUGCGGGAGAAGCACACGACCGUUUAGCUCGCAACGCUCCGCGGCGGUGAUUUUAACAUAAAAAACAAAAAACGUUAACGACCAAGGGUCGGAAGUACCUGAAUACCUGCAGUGUGUUUCGCAGUUACGUUAGCCUCGGCUCGGUGCGAACAGCACUGACAUUGAGAGACACAGAAGGGGGACAGAAGCGACUGCAAGACGGGACGGGAGAAAGUUUCUCAAGCUUGGCGCAGACACGGCGGUUCAAACAAUGCGGCUGACCCCGACAAAGUCCCUUUCAUCGGCAGCCCUGCUAAUGCUGCUGGUCGUCCGCUGGUCCGACAGCAUUUCACUGUCUCCCCAAGAGGCGAACCAGUUUCUGAGCAGACACAGGAGGGCGAAUCAAGUUUUCGAGGAGACGAAGCAAGGACACUUGGAGAGGGAGUGUGUGGAGGAAAGGUGCACCAAAGAGGAGGCCAGAGAAGUGUUUGAAAACGACCCGGAGACGGACUACUUCUAUCCCAAAUAUUUAGCCUGCAUGGAGAAGUUUGGAGAUGCCGAAAAGAAGAAACAGGAUCUGGUUACGUGUGUCCACAAUAUUCCAGACCAGUGCUCUCCGUCUCCCUGUAACGCCAGAGGUACAGUCCGCUGUGAGGACAAAAAGGGCGACUUCCUCUGUCACUGUUUCACAGGCUGGACCGGAGCCAGAUGUGACAAAGAUGUCAACGAGUGCAGCAGUAAUAAUGGAGGGUGUAACCAGGAGUGCAACAACACUAUGGGCAGUUACCGCUGCUCCUGUCACCAAGGCUACAUGUUGGUAGGACGCCACAUAUGUAAUGAUGUGAAUGAGUGUGAGGACCCAGGUGUGUGUGGAGCAGCACGCUGUCAGAAUAAGGAGGGCAGUUACGAUUGCUUGUGUGAUAUCGGCUACGUCUACGACAAUGAAACCAAGAGCUGUCUUGGGCCCAAUGAAGACUGGGGCCAGGACUCCAGGACGCUGUACAGCUUUUCGGCAGAGUUUGACUUCCGCACGUACGAUCCUGAGGGGGUGAUCUUCUUUGCCGGAGGUCACCUAAACAGCUCGUGGAUUGUGCUCGCAAUGCACCAUGGAAGGCUUGAACUGCAGCUGAAGUACGGCACUGUCAGCAGGGUCACCAGCAGCGGACCCAUCGUCAAUGACGGCCAGUGGAGAAAGAUCUCAGUGGAGGAGCAGGGGCGGAGUCUAGUGAUUAAGAUUGACAGGGAGGCCGUGAUGAAGAUCGCAGUAAACGGUGACCUGUUCACGCUAAAGAAGGGCAUGCAUGAGCUCAACCUCACUGUGGGAGGAGUCCCUUUCAGAGAGGACGGCCUCGUCAAUCAGGUGAACCCCCGUCUGGAUGGCUGUAUGAAGGAGUGGAGGUGGUUGACGGGUGAAGAUACAUCCAUACAAGAAACCAUUCGGUCCAAUGACAACAUGCAGUGCUUCAGCACAGUGGAUCCUGGAGCAUAUUACCCCGGCACAGGCUUCGCUCUCUUCAACAUCAGCUAUGAAUCACAGAACCUGAGCGUCCGGUUGACCCUGCGUCCAACGUCUGCAAUCGGAGUGCUGUUUGCACUCGUUCACCAGGACAGAGUCCCUCUCUCUAUCGCUCUGGCCGACUAUCAUCCCGACACCGAUGAAUGGCGAGAUUUUGUUCUGGUAUCUGUAGGUGAUGUCAUCAUCGCUAGCUCUCCUGCUCCUCUGUGUGAUGGUGAGAGUCAUGAAAUCCAGCUGAAGAUCUCAGGCAACCAGACCCUGCUGCUGGUCGAUAGCCAGUCUGGACGUAGUGAAGACGUCGAAGUUCCUUUUGACCUCCUGUCACAGUCCAGCACCUUUAUAGGAGGCCUCCCUGACGUUCCUCUGGUGUCCACGUUGGUGUCGGCGCACUAUAGCGGCUGUAUGGAGGUCAGUGUUAACGGACGGCCUGUGGACUUGGACCAGGCCAUCCACAAACACAACGACAUCCACUCACACUCCUGCCCCCUGCUGGACUCUCACCAGUGACCAGCGCAUCAGUCUGCCAAAACUGAUCCAUACGCAGUUCAUUCAGGCAAUGGGGAUGAUUUCCAAUAUAUUUAUAAAAGCUUUGACCAGUGGGGAGAUGUUUUAGAUUGGAAUGUUAAAACUAAACAAAACAACUGGACCAGGUAUCGUGGUGCAGCUGGAGCCUUAGCCCAGGAUCACCCUGUCCUUCUACUGUGAUGACACUGCUGCCUAGAGGCAUUUGCAGGGAAUUUCACAGUAUUCUCAGUAUAAUGACUCAGUAAGGUAGUUAGUCAGCCAAUGAACAACAUAUGUACUAGGCAGAAGAUAUGGGAAUAAAUGCUGCAGAACAUUGCCUCAAAAACUGCCCAUGUGUCACCGCCUUGUAAGCCCACAAGAACACAUAGGGCCUUAUCUAGAUCAAUGUCAAAUGGUUGGUCUUGGGUCAGCAUACUACGCCUGGCAUCCUGUGCUUAAAUGCAGAUCUGACUGGAGCUUUGUUGGCAGACUGACACUUCGCUGCAGCAACUCAGCUGUUAGAGCUUUGGUCAUGUUGCUUACAUCCAGUUCACCUAAGGCCCACGUUCACAAAGCUUGAAAUAAUCAAGUGCUAAUGUAGAAUCAGAUGAAAUGGGGGGAAAAAAUGGGGACCAGAUAAAUAGUCCUACAUCAGCUACCCUACUCAGAGAAAAUGUGUGAACUUUAAUGAGUGUUUGGUGCACAAUGAUUUAGGGGUUGAUUGGGGACUAAAUUAAUCUUAUUUGCCCCUAAUAAGCUGAAUCCCAUCCUUCACCACAGCAGGGAGGCGUGCUAUUAGGCACAACUUUGUGUUGUGUAGAAACCCUUGCACAUUGUUGCAGGUAGAAAUGGACUGCGUGUGAAGCCAUUUUUUUGAUUUCCUCUCGACUAAAAGCAGCACUUCAUGUCUGCCUGCAACCUUAAAAAUCAACCAUGUGCCUCCAAAGAACAACCGACCCAAACUUCACAACAGCUUCCCUCCAAACAGGUGAAUCAUUUUACAAAGGUGCAGUACUGUAACACACAAACAGAGCUAACGCUUCUCCUAAUGAAAUGUUGUCCUCAUUGCAGUUAAUACACUAUGCAUUUCCACCUGUGCAUUUUAGAGUAUUACAAUCUUUUAAAGACCUGACUGACACCCUGAUUCUCAAUAAUUUUCCAUCACUGACUUCUUCACAAAGGCCCCUUCUUUCCCUCAGAAUUACCCACUCACUCUUUAAUACCUGCCAUAUACCAAUCUGAGGAUGAUAGAUUAGCCACAGAAGCACAGGGAGACAGGAAGGGGCCCUCUCCAUGAAGGAGAGAGAGUGAGCACUGCAUCGACCGCACCACACAAGCUACUGAGAGUAAAAAGAGUGCGCUGUAAUAUACUGAAUAUGUAAAUAACGUGACUGUACAAUGCUUUAUAGAAGACAGAAAACAAACACUACCUUAUGCUCACUGAGGUUUUCUGCACAUUUAAGUUGAUCCAAAGUCAAACUGUAAUCUGAGUCUCUCAAUUCAUCUGCUUCCUAAAAAAAGGUUUGAGCAACAAAUACACAAUUAUUUUCUUGAAAUAGGAAUUGGGAGACUGGGAGAGAUGUAGCCAGGGAUCCAAGUAUCGUAAAAAAAUCUUUAGGGACUCAGUUUUUAAUUUGAUUUUAUAGGUGCUGAGUAAACACAAGAAAAACACAGAAUGUCAGAGGAGCAUUGUGAUUGAGAAUGCCAAAAGGGCUCCAGUGUUAUUUUACUUCCCUCUGUAAUGUAUCAUUUUCUAGUUUUCUGAUGAAUGAAUGCCAGAAUAUAGAGCUUGACGAGUAUUGUUAUUUUUUAUCAUGUGUUGUAUAUUGAACUUGUCUUUAGUUUUUAUUUUUCACUUUAACUGCCAGUAUGUGUACUUUGCUGAGAGAAGUCUGCCUUUUGAGUUUUAACUUCCCUCAAUGGUGAAAAUCCUAUUUAAAAAAAACAAAAAUAAAAGCAGUUGUAUGAACAUCAUAGAGUAAAAUUGUAUUUUCAAAAAAACGCAUUUGUAUGCUGUGUGGUUAUGUUAAAGAUAAACGUUUCCUGUCCUGCUCCAUGUGUGACAUGUUGUUAAUGUUGUAAACUCAAGGUUUAUUUUUUGUCCCAACCACCCAGCUUUCAACUUUAUCUCACGCCCUUCUUCAGCGAAAAGAUGCUUUGUUUUGUAGACGUAUUUUUGAUAGAUAAAUACAUUGCAUUUCCCACAAUAAAAGCUGGCCUGUAUUUUG